UAUAUGCAAGAGAGUCACAAUUUCGUUAACAUGGUGUAAUGGAAUAUUUUGUUAUAUGAUUAAAAAUAUUCAACACAUGUGAUAUGUAGGAUAAAUCGGUGUUGUUGAAUGGCAUAAAGACUGUAAUGGAUAUGAUAGAAAAAAAUAAUAGGGGAGUCUGUCAGUUGACAUCAGUGUUAUACUUGAGUGUUCAUCAUCAGCCAUUGCUUGAUCGUUGUUUAGUGCUACGUUACAAUAGUUUUUUGUGUCAUCAAAUCUAUCGUUAUUAAUAUUUAUUCAUUUGUAUUUUGUAAUUAUAAAUUGUGAAGAAAAAUUUAAAUUAAAUAGUAAAAAUAAUUGUUAUUUGUUGAAUAAUGAGACGAUUGAUUGGAAUUAUUUUACUGAUAUCGAUAUUAUUGAUUAAUUGUCCGGAAACAUUUGGACGUCGAGGGCGAGGCAGAAGCAGAAGUAAAUCAAGGGUCCAGAUUGGUCUACCCAUCACCGGAAAAUACAGAGAUCCGGAAGCUGAUCAAUACUACAAUAACAAUAAUGGAGCUAAAAUACUUCUUGCAUCACAUUUCGAUUUGGAAUAUGUUCUUGGACAUAAAAUAGCAUUUUUAUGUGUGGCUAGAGGAUCACCACGUCCACAUAUUACUUGGUUUAAAGAUGGAGCUGAAAUAUAUGCUCAUCUUUAUCUUCAUGUUCACGAGUGGGAAGUUAAAAAUGACACAGUAAAAUCCAAAUUGGAAAUUGACCCAGCAACACAAAUGGAUGCUGGUGUUUAUGAGUGUACUGCUGAUAAUAUGUACAGUAUUGAUCGAAGAUCAUUUAAAACUGAUUUCUCAAUUGCAUUUGAUUAAUUAUCAAUAAAUAUAUUAAUUUUUUCUUUUGAAAUUAAAUUUGCUAAAUACAAAAAUUUAUUUUUGCUUUUAUCUUGUUUUUUUUUCUUUAUAUAAAUACUUUUUUUAAGUGUAUUAAAUUGUUUUAAAAAUAAUAAAAAAACUCACGCAUAAUUUGAAAGUAAAAUAAA